AUGAACAAUUUCAAAAUAACUAAUUUAAAGUUUCCAGGAAACGAUAACGAUGCCGUGAACAAGAAAUAUUUACUGGAUCAAAUAAACGCAAUUCAAAUAGAUAAGGACCAUAUUGAAAAUAGAAUAACUGACGUGAAAAGAUACUUCAGACGAAAUAUUAAAAAUUAUGUGGAUGAACCCAAACUACAACAUGAGUUAACGAGUUUGAAACGUCUUAUUCAAGUGGAUAAAACAAGUCAGUUGCAAAAUUUAAUAUCUAACUUAGACGAUAAGAUUACGAAGGUAAAAAUAGACGUCCAACGUUUAAUAGAUAACCCAAAUGUAAACGAGGAUAGAUUGAAACGAAAACUAACCGCUAUAGAAAGAAAACUUGGCGAAAACAGCGGAUUGCUAGGAGAACUAGACAAGACCGUGGACAAAACUGAGUUACAAAAUUCAAUAUUCAAAUUGAACGAAAAGUUCGCGAAGCAAAAAUCAGAUGUUCAAAAUAUAAUUAAUAAUCUCACACAUCCCAUUGACAAAGAUACGUUGAAACGACAAUUGACUGAUUUGGAUACUAAAAUCACGGACGAAUUAGAAAAAGAAGUGGGUGUGAUUAAAAACUUUCUUCAAAAUAAAUUUCAAGAUGAUAUCAAAAAAUAUAUUAAAGAACAAGUCAGUCUUUUGGUAUCUAGAAUUGAUGACGAUUUUUUGAGGCAAGAGAGAAAGUUGACCAAAUUAGAAGCUAUUGUCACGGACAAGUCGUAUUAUUUCAAUCUUCCAUUCGAAACUGAUACUGUCUUCGAUAGAAAAGAUAUAAAUCAAACAAAUAUGGAUUCAAAGUAG